GACAGAAAAAAAAAAAAAACUAAGUAGAGGAGGGUCAACCGGGCCACCUCUCGCCCUUAGCUGCUGGUUAACGCCGCUCCUCGCCCUUUAGUCACCACAUGCGCUCUUGUUUUGCUUCUCUUUCUCUUUGCGGGUGGGGGAACAUCACCAUUUGUGUUUUGCAUUUCUGGUUUCUUGUUUUACUUCUCAUUUCUCGUUUCAAUUUGCUAGUGCCCUAUUUUCUCUUUAUCUUAGACUGGUUGUAAAAAAGGGGACUGAAGAGGUAGCAGGGGAAGAGGGAGAGGGAGAGAGACGGAGGCACUAGCGUUCUGCUCGGCUUCUUUCUCUUUUUUUCUGCCCUGUAUACAGUGUGAGAGAGGGAGUUGUGGGCAUUGUUUCGUGAUAUAGUUCUUAAUGCUUUUACCUUAUCUCGUCCCUCCAUUUUCGGAUUCUUAGUUUCAGAACAUUCCUUCGUUUCCUUAAGUUCAUCUUCUUUUUAAAAUAUCACCUUUCUCUUUUCUGCCUUUUUUUUUUUUUUUCAAUUGAGUGGAGUUUCUUAAGUGAGCUGAAAAGCUUCAUAGAUCUGAGGAAUAGCGGAAGGGCCGCCAAAAAAGGUAAGAUUUUGUUGAGGGAAGAAGGCUAAACAUGAGUUUUGGUGGCUUGUUCGACGGGGAAUCAGGUGGUGGCAGGCUGGUGUCCGAUUUGCCAUAUGGAAGCUCAGCCAUGCCGGCCGGCUCAAUUUCCCAGCCCCGCCUCGUCAUGAACUCCGGUGAUCGAAAGUCCAUGUUUAGUCCCUCGGGCCUCUCUCUCGGCCUUCAAUCUAAUCUGGAGAAUCAGGGGGACUACAACCGGCUCGCUUCCAUUGGCGGGGGCGGAGGUGUGGGUGAGCUUGACGGUAUCUGUCGUAACAAGGAAGACGAGAACGAGAGUAGGUCCGGAAGUGAUAACUUUGAAGGAGGCUCCGGCGACGAUUUGGAUGAGAACCCUCGCAAGAAGAAGCGCUACCAUCGCCAUACUCCUAAACAAAUUCAAGAGCUCGAAGCUCUCUUCAAGGAGUGCCCUCAUCCAGAUGAGAAGCAAAGAUUGGAACUUAGCAAGCGGCUUGGUCUGGAGACCCGCCAGGUCAAAUUCUGGUUCCAGAAUCGUCGAACGCAAAUGAAGACUCAAAUGGAGCGCCAUGAGAACACCAUCUUAAGGCAGGAAAACGAUAAGCUGAGAGCAGAAAGCAUAACCAUUAGAGAUGCAAUGAGGAAUCCUGUCUGCAGCAACUGUGGAGGUCCAGCGGUCUUAGGCGAAGUAUCCCUCGAGGAACAGCACCUGAGAAUUGAGAACGCGAGGCUAAAAGAUGAGCUUGAUAGAGUCUGCACCCUCGCUGGGAAAUUCAUCGGACGGCCUAUAUCUUCUCUAGCUAGUUCAAUCUCAACCAUGCCAAACUCAUCUCUUGAGCUUGCUGUUGGUGGCAAUGCCUUUGGGGCUUUCGGACCGGCUCCGCACACGUUUUCAUCGGUGACUGAUUUUGUUGCGGCGGCUUCGAGCCCGUUGGGGACUGUAAUCACCCCUCCGGUGAGGGCAUCGAUUCCUCCUGUUGAUAGAUCGCUGGAGAGAUCUGUUUUCCUAGACUUGGCUUUGUCUGCCAUGGAUGAGCUUUUGAAGAUGGCGGAAAUGGGGGAGCCGCUUUGGAUUGUUGCUGGUCAAGGAAAUGGUAGAGAGACCUUGAAUUUUAAGCAGUAUGAGGAGAUGUUCCCUAGCGGCAUUAGUGUGAAGGAGGUUGGUUUUGUUUCGGAGGCGACGAGGGAGACUGCCAUGGUCAUCAUUAACAGUAUUGCGCUUGUUGAGACUCUCAUGGAUGCGGCGCGUUGGGCAGAUAUGUUCCCCGGAAUAAUUGCUCGAACAGCCACAACUGAUAUAAUUUCUCCUGGAGUAGGCGGUUCCAGGAACGGAGCUCUUCAACUUAUGCAUGCUGAGCUACAGGUUCUCUCCCCUCUCGUUCCAAUCCGAGAAGUGAACUUUCUCAGAUUCUGUAAGCAACUUGCUGAUGCUGCUUGGGGUGUCGUUGAUGUCUCUGUUGAUGCAAUUCGAGAUAAUCACACUUCUGCUUCUGCUGCUAGCGCUAAAUGCCGCAGGUUGCCUUCUGGCUGCGUCGUGCAAGACAUGCCCAAUGGUUACUCCAAGGUUACGUGGGUUGAGCACGCUGCGUACGAGGAAUCUGCGGCGCACCAACUUUACCGGCCGUUGCUCCGCUCCGGCUUGGCCCUCGGAGCUCAGCGUUGGGUUGCCACUCUGCAGCGCCAGUGCGAGUGCCUCGCCAUCCUCAUGUCCUCCUCCGUCACCAACAGUGAUCACACUGCAAUAAUGGCAGCGGGCAGACGGAGCAUGCUGAAACUAGCGCAGCGGAUGACGGACAACUUCUGCGCGGGGGUUUGCGCUUCCUCGGCGCGCAAGUGGAGCCGACUAGCGAACAUGGGUAGUAGCAUCGGUGAGGAUGUCAGGGUGAUGACGAGACAGAGCAUGGAAGAUCCCGGCGAACCCCCCGGCGUUGUAUUGUCCGCCGCGACGUCUGUUUGGCUGCCGGUCUCCCCUAACCGCCUCUUCGACUUCCUGCGCAACGAAAGCCUCCGUAGCCAGUGGGACAUUCUUUCAAACGGCGGUCCCAUGCAGGAGAUGGCUCACAUUGCAAAAGGCCAGGAUCAAGGCAACGCCGUUUCCUUGCUCCGUGUCAGUGCGGUGAGCGCGAACCAGAGCAGCAUGUUAAUUUUACAGGAGACGUGUACGGACGAGUCGGGUUCGAUGGUGGUGUACGCGCCGGUGGAUGUGCCGGCGAUGCACGUGGUUAUGAACGGCGGGGAUUCGGCGUAUGUGGCGUUGCUGCCGUCCGGAUUUGCGGUGAUGCCGGAUGGACAGGUGGCGGAAGAUGGAGAGGGGAAGAUGGGCGGCGGCGGUUCUUUGCUUACGGUGGCUUUUCAGAUACUGGUGAAUAGUCUGCCGAUGGCGAAGCUGACGGUGGAGUCGGUGGAGACGGUGAACAAUUUGAUAUCUUGUACCGUGCAGAAGAUCAAAGCAGCUCUGCAUUGCGAGAACUGAACCGGGGGAGAAAGGGGGAGGGCGGGUUGAGUCAAGAACGAACCGCGCGGUGGAAAGAAGAAACCUUUGUUAUGUGGGGAGGAGGCCGAAACUAACAUGGCUUCGCCGGCGGGUGUAUUUGUAAUCCGGAGCACGUAGCAAUGGUGGUGGUUCGGGUAUUGACUUCACCUAUUCUUUCUUCCUGUUUUACCAUUUUCCUCUGCUAGAAGGCAAAAAAGUACUAAUCUUUCAUUUAUUACUCCUGAGAACUUUUUCCUUGGUGUGUGGAUCGAGUGUUAUUAUUAUAUUUUCUGAAUUGUAUCUCUGUUGUUGCUUGUGGUUUUGGAUGAAGAGUGGUGAAUCUCGUACGGGUUUAGGGUUUGGGGAGGAGGGAGGCGCUGCGGAUUGAUGGUAAAAUAUCUGACGAGCAUUAAAUGUUGUGCUGCGGUUACAGGGUGGCUCAUUUAUUGCCGGUUUUGUGGUUUU